AUGGCCACCAACCCCAGCAAAAAAGCAGUCAUUAUCGGCGGAACGCAUGGUAUUGGCCUUGCAACCGCCCAGUUGCUCCUUCAACAAGACGUUCAAAUCCUGGUGACGGGCCGGAGCUCUCAGCCUAUUGACACCGCCAAGCGAGAACUCGGAAGCAAGGCCCGCGUUGUCCCAUGCGACAUCACCUCUCUGAAGGACAUCACCGAGCUGGUGCACCAGGUUGAGGCGUACUUCGGACCCGGCGAGCAGAUCGACCUUCUCUUCAUCAACGCCGGCUACGCGCACCUUGAUGCCUUCACAGACGUGACAGAAGAAACUUUCCACCGGACCUUCAGCACCAACGUGUUUGGGGCUUUCUUCGUCGCGCAGCGCCUGGUCCCCUUCAUCCGCCAGGGUAGCGCGGUCGUCUUCACCACCUCCGUGGCGAACAAAAAGGGCAUCCCCGGUAUGUCCGUCUACUCGGCAUCAAAGGCAGCAGUGCACUCCCUCGUGCAGACUUUAGCCGCCGAGCUGGCGGGCCGGAAGAUUCGGGUUAAUGCUGUUUCUCCUGGGUUUAUCAAAACACCAACCAUGGGGGUGGCAGGGACGCCAGUGGAGGCAAUGGCGGCGUUUGAGGAGGAAGGUGUGCGCACCACACCACUGGACAGAAUCGGUCAUCCAGAGGAAGUUGCAAAGGCUGUUGCGUUUCUGGCGUUCGAUGCGACGUUUACUACGGGGACGGAGCUUGUUGUUGAUGGGGGACUGGUGUCGUUGCAGAAGGCUGGUCAUUGA